AACUAAAAGAAAAUAUCACACACACAUACACACACAUCGAAGGCGAAAUUAACCGCAAAAAACAAAUCGACGCCGGAAGGCGUUAACCACAAUAACAACAACAACAAUAACAGCAGCAAAAGCAAUAAAAGCAACAGAAACAAAAUGCAGCAACUACAAAAGUUGAUCUGCAUCUGCAGCUGCAUCUUGGUCAGCAUCUGUGUGAGCCAAACGAUGGCAUUGGCCAAUUGCCCGCCCGGCUGCCAGUGCGACGACAACACCCUGGUGGUGCAGUGCGGCGAGGGCCAGCUGGAUGUGCUGCCCAUUGCACUGAAUCCCUCGAUUCAGCGCUUGGUGAUCAAGAGCAACAAGAUCAAGACCAUCGACUCGUCCAUUCAGUUCUAUGCGGAGCUGACGUUCCUGGAUCUGUCGCAGAACCAUCUGAUGACCAUACCACAGCGCACGUUCGCCUACCAGAAGAAGCUGCAGGAGGUGCAUCUCAAUCACAACAAGAUCGGCCAGAUCAGCAACAAGACCUUCAUUGGCCUGUCCGCCGUGACUGUGCUCAAUUUGCGCGGCAAUCUGAUCUCGGAGCUGCACCAGGGCACCUUCUCGCCGCUGCUGAAAAUCGAGGAGCUGAAUCUGGGCGAGAAUCGCAUUGGCUUCAUCGACCCGAAGGCAUUCGAUGGCCUGAAGCAGCUGCGCAUUUUAUAUUUGGAUGACAAUGCGCUGACCACUGUGCCAGAUCCCGUGCUGUUCCAGGCCAUGCCAAGCCUGGCGGAGCUCUUCCUCGGCAUGAACUCGCUGCUGACCAUCCAGUCGGGCGCUUUCAAGGACCUGAAGGGCCUCACCCGCCUGGAGCUGAAGGGCGCCAGCCUGCAGAACAUCUCGCACGACAGCUUCCUGGGUCUGGAAGAGCUGCGCGUCCUGGAUCUCUCCGACAAUCGUCUGCCGCGCAUUCCCUCGGUGGGCCUCAGCCACUUGGUGCGCCUGGAGCAGCUGUCGCUGGGCCAAAACGACUUCGAGCUGAUCAGCGAGGGCGCCUUCGUGGGCCUGAAGCAGCUGAAGCGCUUGGACAUCAACGGAGCCCUCAAGCUGAAGCGCGUGAUGACGGGCGCCUUUGCGGCCAACGGAAACCUGGAGUAUCUGAACCUGUCGUCCAACAAAAUGCUCGUCGAGGUGCAAGAGGGCGCUCUCAGCGGCCUGCCCCAUCUGCGUCAUGUUGUGCUGAAGGCCAAUGCCUUGACCUCGCUGGCCGAGGGUCUAUUCCCGUGGAAGGAUCUGACCACCCUGGAUCUGUCUGAGAAUCCCCUGUCCUGCGACUGCCGCGUCAUGUGGCUGCGCAACUUGCUGGUGGCCAAGAAUGCCAGCCAGGAGGACCAGAUGACUGAGCUGCUCUGCGAGUUCCCCGAGCGCCUGCGCGGCGAGGCCCUGAAGCACCUGAACCCCACGCUCAUGGGCUGCUCGCACUCGGAUCCGCGCAAGCAGGCGCUCAUCGGCGCCCUGCUGGUGGGCUCCGCUGCCACGAUCACGGCCCUGGCGCUGGUUCUGUACCGCUGCCGGCACAAGAUUCGCGAGUACCUCAAGGGCGGCGUCUGGGGCAACUCGGCGCUGGGCCGCAAGGAGCGCGAGUACCAGAAGACUUUCUGCGACGAGGACUACAUGUCGCGGCUGCAGCAUCAUCCCUGCUCCCUGGGCAUCCACUCCACCUUCCCCAACACCUACACGGCACCGCACCAGGCCACCGCUGGACCCCAUCAUCACUACGGCAUGUGCCCGAUGCCCAUCAACGAUCUGAAUGCCGUCGAUGGCCAGCACAAGUUCCAGCAGCUGCAGGUGCCGAUGUCGGCGACGCUGAUGCACGAGAAGAAGCUGAACAACAACAAGAGCCUGGCGGGCACCGUCGACGACAGCGCCAGCUUCGUGCUGCACAUGAAGACGGCUACGAUGGGACGCGAUCCGCAGCAGCAGCUGCAGCAGCAGCAGGCGCAGGCGCAACAGCAGCAAUCGCACCCACAGCAGUCCAAGCUCAAUCACUAUACGAAGCCGCAGUUUCUGGCCGCCACGGCGGCCGUUGGCGACUCCUGCUACUCGUACGCGGAUGUGCCCAUGGUGCAUGCCCCCCAAACGCUGCGCGUCACCCACGAGCACUUCAAGCAGCGCGAGCGCGAGCCACGCGACUUCGCCUGCGAUGCGGAUGCCAGCGGCGAAAUGAUGGAUCCCAAUUACAUCUACAGCAAUGCGCACUACUCGCUGCCCCUGGAGCAGAUGGGCCGCAGCAAGACGCCCACGCCGCCGCCGCUGCCGCCAGCGCUGCCGCUGCGCAACGGACUGUGCGCCACCACCGGGCGUCGCUCCUUCCAGCACAAGUCCGCGCACAACAACAACAACAGCAGCAAUGCGAGCACCAUGCGCCAGUUCACGCACUGAUCCUCGGAGCACUAUCGUCGCAGGCAGCUGAGCAUCAAUGCUUAGUCGUCGUGUCGUGUCGUUGUCAACUGUGAUGCCAAAACUCCACCCGCCCUACCUACCGCCUUUCCCGACAGCUCCCUUCUCCCACAACAACAACAACAAAAGCAACAAGCACUUAAGCGUAAUCUGAAGAAAUUUUAGUAGUAGAGCACAUAAGAUACUAACGGGCAGCGUUUACACGAGAUCUACUGAAACUAUUUAUAGAUAUAUAUCAUAUAGUAUAUUAUCUUAACAGUCUAACAUUGACAAGGUUUUCCCUUCUAUUUUUUGAUAGAGUAUUUCCUUAAAAUACUCACGAGCCGACCACGUGUAAGCGCCGCUUGAGACAUUAGUUAAACAAACUUAAUUCAAGAAACUUGAUCCAACUCUAUUAUUCUGUAUAUAAGCACGAAACAAAAAACUCAAUGCGAUCUCUAUGCACUCUGACUACUUACUGUCUUUCUACUACUAUUUUUCCAUUACAGCAAAAGCAGAACAAAAGCAAAUUGUAUUUAUUUAGCACGUAAGCAGCCUAGUUUGUAAACUAACUUAAACAAAAUAUUAGCAUAAGCAAAACAAUUGAAAAGAAAUCAACAAAGCACUGAGAGUCACUUGUAAGUUUAAUUUAAAUUAUUUAAAACGAAAAUCGAUUGUUAAAAACCAACAAGAAAAGCGUAUUUAUAAGCCAUGACUAUGUAUUUAUUAGUUAGUGAAACAAUUUAUGCAAAUUUAAGCAAAUAUCGU